AUGUCAACACCAUCUAGUAGCUGCCCUACCAGGGGUGACCAUAUUCAAGACUUGCACAAUUUGCUGCAAGGGAUGACACUAUCAGAUUCAUCAUUUGAUACCAUCACUUGGAGCUGCAAGACAACAGAAGAGUCCAUAGCCCUGUCGAGAUCAUCGCUCAUGCCAUCCACGCCCGCCAGCAUUUGUUUUGUUCCAAAGAAAAAGGCCCCCAUUUCCCCUUCCACCACAGCUCGCUCUACUGCUACACCAUCCCACCCUCAGCCUCAGGCUUCGCCAAUGGUUGCACAGACACUCUGCCAAGUUAUGGCUGCUGUUCCCAUGCCUAGUGACAUCCAUCCUCCACAAGCUGAUCAGACACCUGAGGGAUUCUGGGUGAUAACAGUUGGGCAAGAAGUCGGCGUGUUUUACCGCUGUGGUAAUGUUCAGAAACAUUACGUGUCAUUUCAACAGGUGUUAGCAGCAUAUACGGCCGGGUGUGACGAAGACAGGGUCCAGGCAGUUCCACUGGCAGGUGGCCCUUUCUGGCCAUCCACCUCAGAGUCCUUGCCCAACCCUCCUUCACCUACAUUGUCUGUGGGCUCAUCUGUGAGCUCAGACUCAUAUGACCUAUGGUUGCAGGUUGAAGACUUGACGGAGACAAUGAGUCAGCUUUAA